CCACCUGUACCAUACAUUCCUCUCCAGGCAUCUGCACAAAUGCAAGAACGUUUGGCCCGGUUGAUUGAUGAACUGGAACUUCAACACGUACGAGACUGUCUGCAGAAAGCCCUUUCGGGUUUGGUCACUUGUCGCUAUUUCUACGAGAUGACUGAGAAUCUGGAGAAGCUGGUUGAAGACGUAAAUCCCGAUUCGGUUCCGCUCAUUGUCAAUUUGAUUCGGCGGUUGUUGUUGAUCAUUGCACGUCCCGCCCGAUUGCUCGAGUGCUUGGAGUUUGAUCCGUGCGAGUUUUAUCAGAUGCUCGAGGUCGCUGAGGACCAAGUUCGUCGACAUGCUUCAUCCACCAGUAUUGUUACGGCAGACGUCCCGCUGUACAUCAUUUCCAAAUUGGGUCUGAACAAAAGUGCACUUACUAGUAUUGGCUCCGAUUCAUCUCACUCUGCUGAUUGGGGUGGUCGCCAUUCUGUUACGCGUCCGUGUGUUCCGCCUAGACCUCCUUGCGAGGCAGAUUUCGAGAUUAUAAAAUUGGUAUCUAAUGGAGCUUACGGCGCAGUCUAUUUGGUCCGACAUCGCAUAACCCGACAACGAUUUGCACUGAAGAAGAUACGGAAACAACAUUUGCAAUUGCGUAACCAAGUCGAGCAAGUGUUUGCCGAAAGGGAUAUCAUGAGUUUCGCUGACAAUCCGUUUGUGGUCAGUCUGUGCUGUACCUUCGAAACAAAGAAAUGCUUAUGUAUGGUGAUGGAAUAUGUGGAGGGCGGUGAUUGUGCCACACUACUGAAACACAUUGGUGGCCCGUUACCGCUUGAUUUGGCCCGGCUCUAUUUCGCCGAAACUGUGCUCGCGUUGGAAUAUCUACACAACUAUGGGAUUGUUCAUCGGGAUUUGAAACCGGACAACUUGCUUAUCACACAUGAAGGCCACAUAAAACUCACGGAUUUUGGCCUGUCCCGAAUUGGGCUGAUGAAUUUGGCUACAAACUUAUACGAGAAGAAUUUGGAUUUGGAGAAGGACUGCAAAAUGUUUCGUGACAAACAGGUUUUUGGUACCCCAGAAUACAUCGCCCCCGAAGUGAUCUUACGCCAGGGUUACGGAAAACCGGUGGACUGGUGGUCGAUGGGUAUUAUUCUAUACGAGUUCUUGGUGGGCUGUGUACCUUUUGCCGGUGAAUCUAUCGAGGAUUUGUUCGCCCAGAUUGUUACUGUGGGUGAUGAGACCGAUCGAUCGGAUAACGAAGCAAUGGAACUUAUCACCUUGCUCCUGGAGCGUGAUCCACUUCUGCGCCUUGGCACAUCUUGCGACGCAGCCGAAGUAAAGGAGGCUGCCUUUUUCGCUGGACCGCCUUCGGUGGAUUGGAAUAAUUUGCUUCGUCAGAAGGCCGCCUUCGUACCACAGCUGGAGCACGAUGAAGACACUUCAUAUUUUGAUCCUCGCACAGAUCGCUAUCAACAUGACUUAGAUGAUGAUGAAGAUUUACAAUUUCCCGCUGAAUGUUCUUCUUUCACCAGCGGUCGUUCUUCCCCGGCUCCCACGGCUAAUCCACCCGAACAGGUUCGAUCAGCUUCAUCCGGGGUUAACAUUGACACUGUGAUUUCCUGUUAUAUCAGCGUCAGUCUUUGCCUAGCAUACAGUAUGCCCAAGUCUAAUCAUGCGACUCAAUCCGUCCGUACCAUAGUCACGCUAUUUCCUUUUUUACUUAUUUUUCAGCCUGUUUUGGAAUCGAACAGUGAGCAAGAACUAACUCAUUCACAACCUGAGGACUCGAAGCCACUGCCAUCCAGGUCCGAUUUCCCUGCAGCAACCACGUAUUCUACGAAGAGAUCUGACUCCAAUUCUAGUUUAGAACUAUCUCAGCACAGUUCACUGGCAUAUCACUCUAGCUGUUCGUCCAGUGAUUCUGUUGCUCACCCUCAACCGGCAUCGCAACAGCCCUGUGAGCAGGUCCCCUCGUCCACCAGCCCGUCCCAUUCGACGGGAUCAGCCACACCAGAUACAACUUCCUCUGCUUCGUCCUCCUCAUCCUCUUCGCUCUCGCUGACCACUCUUACUCCUCAUUUAUUGCCUCAUUUACACCAUUCUCCUUACGCUCCAGAACCACCUCGUCCGUCAUCACAACCACGAUUGCACACUGCAGAUCGUCGUCUGUCCCGCGCCAUAGCUUCACAAUCGAGCAAAGAACCUACUCCUGCUGCGUCGCGUCGUUCGGGCUCUAUUGUGAUUCGUAAGGGUAAAUGGGGCUAUGGGUUCACUAUUCGUGCCAUACGGGUUUACUUUGGCUCUUCUAGUGCUUAUACCUUACAUCAUUUGGUUCUCAGUGUCGAACAACAUGGGGCAGCUGCAAGGGCUGGUCUCCGAGAGGGUGAUCUGAUAACAAGCAUCAACGGUGUGUCCACAUUGGGCAUGUAUCAUACACAAGUGGUCAAACUGAUCUUGCAGGUGGGUGUUGUACCUCUCUGUGUUCAAUCCAAGCCUGCUGCUCGUGCUGGUGUGUCUUAUCGACCACGUCAAGAAACUAACACAGAGAAGGAGGCAGUUCCCGCACGUGAGUCAGUAUUAAGGCGUUCCAGUCGUCGACUGACGAUUCGCGAAGCCAGACAACGCCACGUGAACCCUGGGCAACAGCAACAACACCAACAACAGCUGUCACAAGAGCAACCAUCACAGCCACUUCGGAAUACGAUUUCGGACUCCGCGGUCACGGGAGUUGACGGAAAAUCAAGGGACACGCAGGGUGUGUCUUUCAAUCGUCCACCAAACACAGCUGGACAAGCUAUGGGGGUCGGAUCAAAUAAUAAUCCGUACGGAAAAAGCUUGGGUCCCAACUGCUACACGUUGGCUUCUGCACAACGGUUCGGACUUCCACUCGGUUCAAUGACUCAACAAUCAGCUGCCAUUAAUCCGGCUCAGCUGACAGCUCAUCGCAGGUACGUGUUUAUUCUUUGUUAG